AUGGCGGGCGCCGCGUCCCCCUGCGCCAACGGCUGCGGGCCCGGCGCGCCCUCGGACGCCGAGGUGCUGCACCUCUGCCGCAGCCUCGAGGUGGGCACCGUCAUGACUUUGUUCUACUCCAAGAAGUCGCAGCGGCCCGAGCGGAAGACCUUCCAGGUCAAGCUGGAGACGCGGCAGAUCACGUGGAGCCGAGGCGCCGACAAGAUCGAAGGGGCCAUUGACAUUCGAGAAAUCAAGGAGAUCCGCCCAGGGAAGACCUCACGGGACUUCGAUCGCUACCAAGAGGAUCCUGCUUUUCGACCGGACCAGUCCCACUGCUUCGUCAUCCUGUACGGAAUGGAAUUUCGCCUGAAGACCCUGAGCCUCCAAGCCACAUCUGAGGACGAAGUGAACAUGUGGAUCAAGGGCCUGACUUGGUUGAUGGAGGACACGUCGCAGGCAGCCACACCCCUGCAGAUUGAGAGGUGGCUGCGGAAGCAGUUCUACUCAGUGGACCGGAACCGUGAGGACCGGAUAUCAGCCAAGGACCUGAAGAACAUGCUGUCCCAGGUCAACUACCGGGUCCCCAACAUGCGCUUCCUCCGGGAGCGGCUGACGGACCUGGAGCAGCGCACCAGCGACAUCACCUACGGGCAGUUCGCGCAGCUGUACCGUAGCCUCAUGUACAGCGCCCAGAAGACGAUGGACCUUCCCUUCCUGGAAGCCAGCACCCUGAGGGCGGGGGAGCGGCCGGAGCUGUGCCGGGUGUCCCUUCCUGAGUUCCAGCAGUUCCUCCUCGAGUACCAGGGGGAGCUGUGGGCGGUGGACCGGCUCCAGGUACAGGAGUUCAUGCUCAGCUUCCUCCGAGACCCCUUGCGAGAGAUUGAGGAGCCUUACUUCUUCCUGGACGAGUUCGUCACCUUCCUGUUCUCCAAGGAGAACAGCAUAUGGAACUCGCAGCUAGACGCGGUGUGCCCUGACACCAUGAACAACCCCCUGUCCCACUACUGGAUAUCCUCCUCGCACAACACGUACCUGACCGGGGACCAGUUCUCCAGCGAGUCUUCCCUGGAAGCCUACGCUCGCUGCCUGCGGAUGGGCUGCCGCUGCAUCGAGUUGGACUGCUGGGACGGCCCGGACGGGAUGCCGGUCAUUUACCAUGGACACACUCUGACCACCAAGAUCAAGUUCUCGGACGUCCUGCACACCAUCAAGGAGCACGCCUUUGUGGCCUCAGAGUACCCGGUCAUCCUGUCCAUUGAGGACCACUGCAGCAUUGCUCAGCAGAGGAACAUGGCCCAGUAUUUCAAGAAGGUGCUUGGGGACACACUCCUCACCAAGCCCGUGGACAUCGCAGCCGAUGGGCUCCCUUCCCCCAACCAGCUCAAGAGGAAGAUCCUUAUCAAGCAUAAGAAGCUGGCUGAGGGCAGUGCCUACGAGGAGGUGCCUACGUCGGUGAUGUACUCUGAGAACGACAUCAGCAACUCCAUCAAGAACGGCAUCCUCUACCUGGAGGACCCCGUGAACCACGAGUGGUACCCCCACUACUUCGUCCUAACCAGCAGCAAGAUCUACUACUCGGAGGAGACCAGCAGCGACCCGGGCAACGAGGACGAGGAGGAGCCCAAGGAGGCCAGCGGCAGCACAGAGCUGCACUCCAACGAGAAGUGGUUCCAUGGGAAGCUCGGGGCCGGCCGGGACGGGCGGCACAUUGCCGAGCGCCUGCUCACCGAGUACUGCAUCGAGACCGGGGCCCCCGACGGCUCCUUCCUCGUGCGCGAGAGCGAGACCUUCGUGGGCGACUACACGCUCUCCUUCUGGCGGAACGGCAAAGUCCAGCACUGCCGGAUCCACUCCCGGCAGGACGCGGGCACCCCCAAGUUCUUCCUGACGGACAACCUGGUCUUCGACUCCCUCUAUGACCUCAUCACGCACUACCAGCAGGUCCCCCUGCGCUGCAACGAAUUUGAGAUGCGCCUCUCGGAGCCGGUGCCGCAGACCAACGCGCACGAGAGCAAAGAGUGGUACCACGCCAGCCUGACCAGGGCGCAGGCCGAGCACAUGCUGAUGCGUGUGCCCCGGGACGGGGCCUUCCUGGUGCGGAAACGGAACGAGCCCAACUCCUACGCCAUCUCCUUCCGGGCUGAGGGCAAGAUCAAGCACUGCCGCGUCCAGCAGGAGGGCCAGACCGUGGUGCUGGGCAACUCGGAGUUUGAUAGCCUUGUCGACCUCGUCAGCUACUAUGAGAAGCACCCUCUCUACCGCAAGAUGAAGCUGCGCUACCCCAUCAACGAGGAAGCUUUGGAGAAGAUCGGCACGGCUGAGCCUGACUACGGCGCACUGUACGAGGGCCGCAACCCCGGCUUCUAUGUGGAGGCGAACCCCAUGCCCACGUUCAAGUGCGCCGUCAAAGCUCUCUUCGACUACAAGGCGCAGCGGGAGGACGAGCUGACUUUCACCAAGAGUGCCAUCAUCCAGAAUGUGGAGAAGCAGGAGGGAGGCUGGUGGCGGGGUGAUUAUGGUGGGAAGAAGCAGCUGUGGUUCCCUUCAAACUACGUGGAGGAGAUGGUCAGCCCGGCGGCCCUGGAGCCCGAGAGGGAGCACUUGGACGAGAACAGCCCACUCGGGGACUUGCUGCGGGGGGUCCUGGAUGUGCCAGCUUGUCAGAUAGCCGUCCGUCCCGAGGGCAAGAACAACCGGCUGUUCGUCUUCUCCAUCAGCAUGGCCUCGGUGGCACACUGGUCCCUGGAUGUGGCUGCCGACUCGCAGGAGGAGCUGCAGGACUGGGUGAAGAAGAUCCGGGAGGUGGCGCAGACGGCGGACGCCAGGCUCACCGAGGGGAAGAUGAUGGAGCGGAGGAAGAAGAUUGCCCUGGAGCUCUCGGAGCUCGUCGUCUACUGCCGGCCUGUCCCCUUCGACGAAGAGAAGAUCGGCACCGAACGCGCCUGCUACCGCGACAUGUCGUCCUUCCCGGAGACCAAGGCCGAGAAGUACGUGAACAAGGCCAAAGGCAAGAAGUUCCUCCAAUACAACCGCCUGCAGCUCUCCCGCAUCUACCCCAAGGGCCAGCGGCUGGACUCCUCCAACUACGACCCCCUGCCCAUGUGGAUCUGCGGCAGCCAGCUCGUGGCCCUCAACUUCCAGACCCCAGACAAGCCCAUGCAGAUGAACCAGGCCCUGUUCCUGGCCGGCGGGCACUGCGGCUAUGUGCUGCAGCCCAGCGUCAUGCGUGACGAGGCCUUCGACCCCUUUGACAAGAGCAGCCUCCGCGGGCUGGAGCCAUGCGCCAUUUGCAUCGAGGUGCUGGGGGCCCGGCACCUGCCGAAGAAUGGCCGCGGCAUCGUGUGUCCUUUUGUGGAGAUCGAGGUGGCCGGAGCCGAGUACGACAGCGUCAAGCAGAAGACAGAGUUUGUGGUGGACAACGGACUGAACCCCGUGUGGCCAGCCAAGCCCUUCCACUUCCAGAUCAGUAACCCUGAGUUCGCCUUCCUGCGCUUCGUGGUCUAUGAGGAGGACAUGUUUAGUGACCAGAACUUCCUGGCUCAGGCUACCUUCCCGGUGAAGGGUCUGAAGACAGGAUACAGAGCGGUGCCUUUGAAAAACAACUACAGUGAGGACCUGGAGCUGGCCUCCCUGCUAGUCAAGAUUGACGUGUUCCCUGCCAAGGAGAACGGCGACCUCAGCCCCUUUGGGGGUGCGUCCCUGAGGGAGCGGAGCUGCGACGCCUUGGGCCCACUGUUCCACGGCCGGGCCCGGGAGGGCUCCUUCGAAGCUCGCUACCAGCAGCCCUUUGAGGACUUCCGCAUCUCCCAGGAGCAUCUCGCAGACCAUUUUGACGGUCGGGAUCGCAGGGCCCCGCGCAGGACUCGGGUCAAUGGAGACAACCGCCUCUAG